AUGGAUCCCCAGCUGCACGAAGUAUUCAACAGCGUGGCCCCUUCUCAGGACACAGCCAUGCAUGUGCCAGAAGGCUCCGUCACCAGCCACUGGGGAACCGUGAGCCGGAAUUAUUUCUACUUCACAACCGCCACCCUGGCACUGUGUCUCAUUUUUGCCGUGGCAACCAUAAUGGUCUUGGUGGUUCAGAAGACGGGUUCUUCUUCCAUUACCAACCUAGGCGACAGCACCCCUUAUAAAGGAGAAAAUGGCUCAGAGAACAUCUUCAGUAUCCUGAAGAACACUUCAUUCAAGAAAUCAUGGGCCUAUCUCCAAGCGUCAGAGGAAAAAAAUGGCAACAAGUUGUCUUGGAACCCGGAUGGCAAUAUUAAUGGAGUGGAAUAUAAAGAUGGGGAUCUCGUGAUCCAGUUUCCAGGUUUAUACUUCAUUAUUUGUCAGCUACAAUUUUACCUGCCUCAAUGCCCUGGACAUCCUGUCGACUUACGUUUGGAGAUUUACAUCAACAAGGAGUGCAAAAAGAUGGCCAUGGUGACGGUGUGUGAGUCUCAAGUAAAGACCGAAAAGAUAUACCAAAAUCUCUCACAAUUCUUACUCGAGGACCUGCAGGUCAACAACACAAUCUCAAUCAAAGUGAGCAAUAACUCAAUGGUGGACAGACACACCUUCCCUCUUCAGAAUGUGCUGUCUGUUUUCUUAUACAGCGAUUCCAAAUGA